UGGACUGAGCUGACAUUUGUUUUGUUUCCGCGGCGGCUGCGGCUCGGAGUCAGUUAUCACUGAGCGAGAGUUUCCUGCGUCACGGGGCCGGACUCUCUCCUCAGGACACCUUUGAUCCAGGCUCUCAAAACUCCCAAAUGAUGUGAACGUUUGGGAUUUGGGAGUCGGACCGUGCGGCUGGUCUGAUGGAAGUGGCGCGCUUUCGACCGAUCACUUUAUUUUAGCGACAACUCUUUUCAGACUUCAGCUACAGUGCUAGCUAAGUCUGGAAAACAUAAAUAGCAAAACACCCAGCGGAGCUUCAUUUUUCAGAGACUGUUGUUUUGUUGAGGGGCAUCUUUCUAAAUUUUGAUUUUUGUGAAAGCAAUCGAGAGUGUAAGAGCUAGAAUCGAACGGAGAAUAACCUGUCAGGGAAAAAUAAAACUACCUUUUAAGCAUGGAGAAACCGGAAAGCGGAUCGAAUAAGAAGGGGUGCUGUGCUUCUUUUGUUGGUUACUUCAAGACCACCAAGUUUCUUAUUUAUUUGUGUCAUGGACUGUCUUCAUGGGGAGAUAGAAUGUGGCACUUUGCUGUGUCAGUGUUUCUGGUGGAUCUUUAUGGCAACAGUCUGCUUCUGACAGCUGUCUACGGAUUGGUCGUGGCAGGGUCUGUCCUGUUGUUGGGAGCUAUCAUUGGUGAUUGGGUGGACAAAACUUCCAGGCUUAAAGUUGCCCAAAUAUCCUUGAUUGUUCAGAAUGUCUCAGUCAUCAUUUGUGGCGUCAUCCUGAUGAUGGUCUAUCUGUUUAAACCUUCUCUUACCACCAUGUUCCAAGGAUGGCUACUUACUGGCUGCUACAUUUUGGUCAUUACCAUCGCUAACAUUGCAAAUCUGGCAAGCACUGCCAUGGGAAUCACAAUUCAGAGAGAUUGGAUUGUUGUUGUCGCAGGAGAAGACAGAAGUAAAUUGGCAGAUAUGAAUGCUACAGUUCGCAGAAUUGAUCAGGUAACAAAUAUUUUGGCUCCAAUGGCAGUCGGACAAAUAAUGACAUUUGGCUCUACGGUAGUUGGCUGUGGUUUUAUUUCUGGUUGGAAUCUGUUCUCCAUGUGUUUUGAAUAUUAUUUGCUGUUGAAAAUUUACCAAAGAACACCUGCACUGGCCAUCAAAGCAAGUCAGAAGGUCGAUGAACAAGAGCUGAAGCCACUGAACAAACAAAAAGAUAUUGAGUCUGGCCAAACGAAGACUGGAGAUAAAACAGGAUCAGACCAUCCAGCUGAAGGUGCUCAUCUGAUGAACAUAAAGGCACUGGAACAACAGAAAAAGCAACGUUGUGGUGACAAAAUUCUUGAGCCUUUCUACACAUUAAGGGAUGGGUGGGUAGCUUAUUACAAGCAACCUAUAUUCUGGGCUGGCAUGGGCCUGGCAUUCCUCUACAUGACUGUCCUGGGCUUUGACUGUAUUACAACAGGAUAUGCUUACACCCAAGGUUUGAGUGGAUUUCUCCUGAGCUUGCUGAUGGGGGCCUCUGCUGUCGCAGGAAUUCUGGGCACCAUUGCCUUCACGUGGAUACGCCGAAAGUGUGGCCUGAUCCGUGCAGGCUUCAUUUCUGGUGUGACUCAGUUUUCAUGUCUGAUUUUGUGCGUGAUUUCUGUGUUCAUGCCUGGAAGUCCUCUGGAUUUAUCCGUAUCACCUUUUAUGGAGCUCACCAGCAGAUACAUGGCUACGGAUACCUUGAUGGAAGCAGUUAGAACAACGUCAGAACCUCAGCUAAUCACCACAAUUGGAUACAACAACUCAACGACUGAAUCUGCAAGCAGUGAGGAAUUUCUACCAGAAUCUUACAUCUCAGUUAGCUUGCUCUUUGCUGGCAUCAUUGCUGCAAGAGUUGGGCUCUGGUCCUUUGAUUUAACGGUAACACAACUCAUUCAAGAAAACGUGGAUGAAUCAGAACGGGGAAAGAUUAAUGGUGUACAGAAUUCUAUGAAUUAUCUUCUUGACCUAUUGCAUUUCAUCAUGGUCAUAUUAGCUCCAAAUCCAGAAGCAUUUGGUCUUCUUGUAAUCAUUUCAACCUCCUUUGUUGCUAUGGGGCAUUUGAUGUAUUUCAAGUAUGCUUACAAAUCAUUGGGAAGCCAACUCUUUGUCUGCAGGUCCAAAGACUCAGCAACUCAGGGCAACAAUCCUCAAAUAACUGAUUGUGUGUCAGUCAGCACAAGUAAUGACUAAAGAGAUAAUAUCCUUUAUUCUAACCUAUACCAUACACUUUUAAGAUAUCUACUUUUCAAGUAGCUUAGACAUCUCAAUUAGCAAUAUUAUACGAAAACCUUAAUAAGCCAAAUUUUCUUAGUGCCUACAUAUUUUUUCUUCUGCUUCAUACUAUAUUAAAAUUUUGCAAGUAUCGAUCAAUUAGAUAUCUCCAAGCGAAUGAUUCAGGUCUCAAUGGAGUCAUCUGUAGUUUCAGUAGGGAGCAGUUGACUAAUAAAUGUAGCAUUAUCAGUCAGGGAAUAUUGCACUAACUUUGAAAUAGUGCAGUGGCUGGUGUUAGUUUGGUUGGAGAAAAGCAAUAAAAAGGUUUUGAGUGAAAAUCUUGCAUGGCUUGUACUCAUAUUACCAUAGUUAUAUGAGAAGAAGAUGAGGUUAACUUGUAAAUGUAGUUUCAUUGAAAUAUCUACUAACAAAGGGUUAUAGUCUCUUUAUCAUUUAUAGGUACCAGAAUCAUAUAUAUUUGAUUUUCACCAAUAUAUUUUCUCCUUCUUGCUGCUAAUAUCAUUAAAGGAACUGUUUGUCAAUCUGCCAAUAAUAUUUUUCAAACUAAUAUGGAAUUUAGUAUGACAUCUGGAAUAAAGGGAGUAAUAUUUCCAACUAAACUGUGCCUUGACAUUAAAUUUGUGAGAUGCUGAAAUAACCAGGUAAUAUCAUACUGUAAGCAAAUACACUGCAGUGAGUUUUGGGUGUGCAGGAAAUGGGAUUAUCAACAUUUGUCAACAAAAUCUGCAGGCCAGCAAAUAUAUUUAAUACCACUGCUCCUUCCUUGAUGAAGGGUAGAAAUGAUCAAUUCUUGUGUGUUCAAGAGAGAUUAUAUUCCAAACAUGCCUAUCCAUUCAUAUUAAACUCAUUGGAACAUUUGGAAAAUAGGCAUUUUUCUAUUUGUGAAAUUGUUAAUCUUACGUGACCUUGUGGAACCUGGGUGUUGUUGAUGAAGGUGGGAGGAGGUGAUGUAAAUGCUCUUUUUUGUUCACAUUACAUUAUAUUCAAAGGGAUGCCCUCUGGUCAUUGUUUCACAUGGAAUCAUGAAAGUACUUGUAAGGAGUAAUGUCACUAUGGGUAUUGAUCAGAAUAACAUCUUACCCUUUAAUUGUGGAAUAGGAGACGUGGCACUUGUCCUUAGCAUAUUAUUCAAUACUCGAAUUCAAGUUGGUGGUUGAAGUGGUCACAGUAUGUAAGUGGAUAAAGAGUAAAGUUUUCCUUGUUUGAAGGUGGACAUUUUAACAUCAAUGCAGGCCAAUCAAUGAUUAGAUUUGUGAAAUGGACGUCAAGUCUAUGUUGCAGAGAAAAUGAAAAUAGAGCAAUUGAAAUUGCAAUAAUUUUAUGCAAAACUAUGAGAAAUUAACCAUAACCAAUGGAUUUGAGUUUGGAUCUUUAAAAUUCCUAAUUAUUAUUAUAAAUAUAGCUUUAGAAAAAUCUUUAUGGUCAAUAUUUAUGUUAUAUUAGAGUUUGAAAUAAAAUUUCUGGAUUCAUAACAAAGGUGUGUUAACCAUUGUUUAAACCCCAUUUGUAAUUUUUUUUUCAGCUUGGCUGAAAUCUGUAAAAUUAUGACAAUAAACACUCCAAAGUCACAUUUUCUGAAAUUGAAAGCAUUGCUAAAUAAAAUGUUGCUGAAAUAAUA